AUGUCUGGCGCAGGGGCCGGUGGAGGGACGCAGUCUGCGGGGCUGGGCGCUGCCGCCGCCGCGGGCUGCUGCUCCUCCUCGUCGGGCGCCGGUUCUGCCGCAUUAUUAGGCGGAGGGUCGGGCAUCGCGGGCCGGUUACCCAGCCGAGUUCUCGAGCAUAUAUUCUCCUAUCUGGAGCUGCCGGAUCUCAUGAACUGCUCGCUCGUGUGCUGGCACUGGUACAACUGUCUGGCGGAUGAAAACAGCGAGGUGUGGCGGAGUCUGUGCGCCCGCUCGCUCAGUGAAGAAGCGCUGCGCUCUGAUAUCCUCUGCAACCUGUCUUCAUAUAAAACAAAACUGAAGUCUUUCCAGCACGCUCUGAGCUCCCAUGACUGCUCCAGGAAUGUAUAUAUCAAGAAAAACGGGUUCACUCUGCACCGUAACCCCAUCGCCCAAAGCACCGAUGGUGCCCGUGGGAAGAUCGGCUUCUCGGAGGGCCGGCAUGCCUGGGAGAUCUGGUGGGAAGGUCCUCUUGGCACGGUGGCGGUGAUCGGCAUUGCGACCAAGAGGGCUCCCAUGCAGUGCCAGGGCUAUGUGGCGCUUCUAGGUAGCGAUGACCAGAGCUGGGGAUGGAAUCUAGUAGACAAUAAUCUGCUUCACAACGGAGAGGUCAACGGCAACUUCCCCCAGUGCAACAACGCACCAAAAUACCAGAUCGGGGAGAGAAUACGUGUAAUCCUGGACAUGGAUGAUAAGACACUUGCGUUUGAGCGAGGUUUUGAGUUCCUUGGAGUGGCAUUCCGAGGGCUGCCCAAAACAUGUCUGUUUCCAGCUGUGUCAGCCGUCUACGGGAACACUGAAGUGACUAUGGUGUAUCUGGGAAGACCCCUGGAUGGAUAAGUAGGAUCUUGGUGCCACUAUUAGAACCGGAGAGCAUCAUGGGAACUGCUGCUUGACAUAGAUAAGACUCUUGGCUUUUCACAUCUGGACUAAAAAAAUGGGGAAACUGGUGGUUGGUGGCGGGCUUGUUGAUGGAUGUCCAACACACAUCUGCGGAUUUCAGUUGAACUUCUAUUUGCUUUUAAUCCUUUUUGAAGACCUGGGACAUUUUUUUAAAUCUGGUUUUAAUCUAAUUUAUGAAAUCACACAGGGAGCAGCUGUUCUAUUUUAUGAAAUGCUAAAACAUGAAGCCAAACUAGAAGAGACAAGUGGCGAAGUUUUUUAAUUCAUUACAAACAUUUUAUAACACAACGCAUGGAAUAAGAAGCUACUGUAUGAGUACGAGGACGGCUCAAGCUUUCACACACAAAAACAAAUUUACGUGUAGGUAAAUGACAUGAAGUAUACAUGCCAAAAUGAUGUACUGAUAUCUUACCGUUGUUUUCUCCAGAGCAGUUAUCUGCAUGCAGUAUACCAGUUUCUUCCUCUAUUUUUUAUUAUUAUUUUUCAAGACAGGCAAAGGUAGUAUGUUGUUAUUCCGUUUAUUACUGUA